AUGUCAACAAGACGACACAAAGAGGCUGUGUUGACUCAGGAAUGCUUUUCCCAGCUGGAGAGACACCAGAACAUCCACCUGCUGCAGGUGGGACAGAUCAUCAGAGAGAAGGGACCGUGGACCAACCCCAUACUACAGGCCAUCCUGAAGGACUCACAACUGCCCCGGGAUGAAGUGGACCGGUACCUCAGCUCAGAGGUGCCAGUGUUCUUUGAGCUGCGUGUUCGUUACCUGCUGUCCAGUGAGAUGUUCACCGAGGCGGUGGUCUUGGCUAAGACCUGCUCUCAGCACCCCGUUGCCGGGCGACACCUCUUCUUCCGACAGGCCUACCUCACCUGUCUGUUGAAGGCAUCGCUCCCUCGCCAUAUGCACGAAGAGAUGUCUGACAUCGACGGUAAGGACGCUGUGGAUAUCGUGUGUAACACGGAGAGUGAGGAGAGCGACGAGACGCUCCUGGCCCUCUGCACGGCCUUCCUCUCUCAGCAGCUACACCGGGAGACAUGUACUGCAUGUGGUGAGGCUCGUCACUGUCUAUACACAUCACACCGGUCUGUGUUCUACACCGGGGGAGACAUGUACUGCAUGUGGUGA